UGUCACCCAAAUACCAGAGGGUGAGUUGGCCGAACCAGCCGGGCAGGUCGGGCGGAGUAUAAGAGCGGGAGGGAGCGGCCCUCGGCAGAUGCCCGGAGACUGUCCCAGCGCAGAGCCAGAGCCCCGCACGCAGAGUCCCCAGCGCCUGAUCCGCCCGCGUCCCGUCUGCGCUCCGCGUCCCCACCAUGGCCCGGAAGCCGGGCCUCGCGCUGCCAUCGCCCCCGCUGCUGCUGCUGCUCCUGGCGGCGGCGACCGGCCCUGUGGCCGCGCAGGACAACUGCACGUGCCCCACCAAUAAGAUGACCCUGUGCCGCGCGGACGGCCCCGGCGGCCGCUGCCAGUGCCGCGCGCUGGGCUCGGGCUUUCCGGUGGACUGCUCCACGCUGACCUCCAAGUGCCUGCUGCUCAAGGCGCGCAUGAGCGCCCCCAAGAGCGGCCGCGCGCUCGUGCGGCCCAGCGAGCACGCGCUCUUGGACAACGACGGCCUGUACGACCCCGACUGCGACCACGAGGGCCGCUUUAAGGCCCGCCAGUGCAACCAGACGUCGGUGUGCUGGUGCGUGAACUCCGUGGGCGUGCGCCGCACAGACAAGGGCGACCUGAGCCUGCGCUGCGACGAGCUGGUGCGCACCCACCACAUCCUCAUCGAUUUGCGCCACCGCCCGGCCGCCCGCGCCUUCAACCACUCGGACCUGGACGCCGAGCUGCGGCGGCUCUUCCGCGAGCGCUACCGGCUGCACCCCAGGUUCGUGGCGGCCGUGCACUACGAACGGCCCACCAUCCAGAUCGAGCUGCGGCAGAACACGUCGGAGAAGGCACCUGGAGACGUGGACAUCGGCGACGCCGCCUACUACUUCGAAAGGGACGUCAAGGGCGAGUCGCUGUUCCCGGGCCGCGGCGGCCUCGACGUGCGCGUGCGCGGCGAGCCCCUCCUGGUGGAGCGGACGCUCAUCUACUACCUGGACGAGAAGCCCCCCGAGUUCUCCAUGAAGCGUCUCACGGCCGGCCUCAUCGCCGUCAUCGUGGUGGUCGUGGUGGCCCUCGUCGCCGGCGUGGCUGUCCUGGUGAUCAGCAACCGGAGGAAGUCGGGGAAGUACAGGAAAGUGGAGGUCAAGGAACUGGGGGAGUUGAGAAAGGAACCGAGCUUGUAGGUACCGGCGGA